AUAACCUAAAGUUUUGCCUUGUUAAUUUCAUCUUCUGUCCUUCUCUUGCUUGAGCUAAUACAUAGCUCAACGAAGUAAUCGUCAUAUCAUAAGAAAAAGGUUUUCGAAGAGUGAAAAAUGGCGACGUGGGUUGAGAGAGGGUUGAUAUUGGUGAUCGUAGGUUGUUUAUUACCGGCGAUAUUGGUUGAGUCUCGAGUCCGUCACUACAAGUUCAAUGUGGUGUUGAAGAAUCAAACGAGACUUUGUUCGACGAAACCAAUAGUGACUGUUAACGGUAAGUAUCCGGGACCAACUAUUGUGGCUAGGGAAGAUGAUACGGUGCUUGUGAAGGUGGUCAAUCAUGUCCAAUACAAUCUCAGUAUUCAUUGGCAUGGAAUCAGGCAAAUAAGAACAGGGUGGUCAGAUGGGCCAGCAUACAUAACCCAAUGCCCAAUACAACCGGGUCAAGCCUACACUUACAAUUUCACUUUAACGGGUCAAAGAGGAACCCUUUUCUAUCAUGCUCAUAUUCUUUGGCUAAGAGCCACUCUCCAUGGUGCUAUUGUCAUUUUGCCCAAACUUGGUGUUCCUUAUCCUUUUCCCAAACCCCACAAGGAAAAUGUCUUGGUUCUAGGUGAAUGGUGGAAAUCAGAUGUUGAAGCCGUAAUUAACGAAGCUUUAAAAUCCGGCUUGGCGCCUAAUGUCUCUGAUGCUCAUACGAUUAACGGACACACAAGGCCUGUUCAAAAUUGUAACUCACAAGAAUUGUUCAACUUACAUGUAAAACCAGGGAAAAAUUACAUGCUUCGUAUCAUCAAUGCUGCACUUAAUGAAGAACUCUUUUUCAAGAUAGCCGACCACCACCUCACGGUUGUCGAAGUCGACGCCACCUACGUUAAACCCUUUAAAACCGAUACAAUCGUGAUAUCACCAGGUCAAACCACCAAUGUAAUCCUCGAAACCAACAAAAAGGCGGGUAAAUACUUAGUGGUAGUUUCACCCUUCAUGGAUGCACCAAUCCCGGUGGACAACACCACCGGACUUGCCAACAUUCGUUACGCCACAACCGGACUCACCGCCCUAACAACCACCCUAACAGCUCCGCCACCAAUCAACGCAACCGAGGUGGCUAAUAACUUUACCGAUUCCCUUAAAGCUCUAAACUCAAAAGAUUACCCUGCUAAAGUCCCUCAACAAGUCGAUCACUCCUUGUUUUUCGCGGUCGGGUUAGGAGUAAACCCUUGCAAAACUUGUGUAAAUGGGUCUAGAGUUGUGGCUUCUAUUAACAAUGUUACAUUCGUUAUGCCUACAAUUUCUCUGUUACAAGCACAUUACUCGAAUAUAAGUGGAGUUUUCACGGCGGAUUUUCCGGCGAAUCCUCCGACGCCGUUUAAUUACACCGGAAAUCAAACUAUUGCUAAUCCUGGUACCUCAACGGGGACUAGAGUUUAUAGGCUUCCUUACAAUGCAACGGUUCAAUUGGUGUUGCAAGAUACUGCCAUGAUAACACCAGAGAAUCAUCCAUUCCAUUUACAUGGAUUUAAUUUCUUCGUUGUUGGUAGAGGCGUUGGUAACUACAAUCCUAAAAAGGACCCGAAGAAGUUUAAUCUUGUCAACCCUGUUGAAAGAAACACCAUUGGUGUACCUUCUGGUGGAUGGACCGCUAUCAGAUUCAGAGCCGAUAACCCAGGAAUUUGGUUCAUGCAUUGUCAUUUGGAGAUUCACACGACAUGGGGAUUGAAAAUGGCUUUUUUGGUGGAUAAUGGCAAAGGACCAAAUGAAUCUUUAAUAACGCCUCCAAAAGAUUUUCCCAAGUGUUAAAAAGAUUGACCUGGAUCCAUUUUAUUAAUUAAAUUCUUUUAUCAUAAGUUUGCAAUUUUUGGGGGCCCUUGAAAGAGAAUUACCAAGGCAAACACAAGAGAAGAACGAAGAUUCAAAUCAAAAUUUUAUCCAUGUACAAAGAUUUUCAUAAAGGGUGUAGAGAUAUUGGUUUUUGAGCAAGUUAAGCAUAACAAGCGGCUUAAGCCAAUAAUAAUGAGAACGAAAUGUAAUUUGGACUCCAAAAUUAUGUACUUCGAAUAAGAUUAUUUUUUCAAUAUAUUGAUUGCU